AAUCACGUAGAUAUAUAAAUAUUUUGAAUGAAAACAAUGAAAAUUAAAUCGAGUCAAACAUUUUUCAAAUUCUUCGUUUUCCAUCUAAAAAGGAUACUUGAGGUGAAAGUACAAAGUAUCAAUUUAAAACGCGUCGAUGUUAGUAGUGGGGGUUUCUAUAAACUGUUGGAGUAGCCCGUGGACUCUUUAAUAGGAUGACGAAGCAAAUCGGUAUCAGUGUAGUCGGCGUAGUGAGAGAAUCGUAAACGUACGCAAAGUAUACGUACGUAUGUAGUACUAUUUCGAGUAACGGGUGUUCUAUAAAUACACAUGAUACACAUUGAUAAUCCAGUUCAGUGAGUACUUCAGUACAAAACCAGCUGAUCCACAGUACACACAUAAUCUACUCGAGGCUACACAGUUUUAAAGGGAACGAUAAAGAGCAGAGGAAUCUCAGGGUAGAAUAACCUUCAUCACGUGGGAGCGAGAGAGGCGAGAGAUUUGCCAUGCGGCGAUGCGACUGCAUACUUUGAACAAUCGUUAAAGUACGUAUACGAUAACCUCCGCCGAUUAAUCGCGCACGAUGGCCGCAGGGAAACGAAGAGGCAUACAUACGACGUCCGGCAGCUCGGCGAUGUUUGGCUCGUCGGCGAGCCGCUUGAAUUUCCGUCCGCCGAGCUCGAGUCAAGAGGACCGAGGCGGCACCAGGCCGACCGCCGCACCGAGCUCCAUCGGUCUCGUUCUUGUCACGAUGUUCUUGCACAUAUGCAAGAAAUCGUUGCUCUUCGACACCAGACUCAAGGUCGCCAUAUACUGCGGCGCGUUAUUCAUAGUGUCGCUGAUAGCGGACUUCGUUACUAUGCCUAGGACUUAUUUCUCGCGUUCGGAUAACGCGAUCAAUCGGUACUUCGUUAAAUGGGGCUGGGGAUGGUUGCUGACCGUGACCGUACCGUGGGUCGUGUUGACCGCGCACACACUCGGCUGCGGUCGCAAGUCGGUUCUGUUGAAACACCUCGCCAGAUUGAUCCUGGCCACGGCCGCGUGGCUCUUCUGGACCAGGAUGUUCUCUUAUGUGGAGACGACUUACGGUCGAUGUUUAAACACAAGGGACGUGCUACUGCAGACGAAGGCGAAGUGCCUCCAGGCCGGGAAAUUCUGGAGCGGUUUCGACAUAUCCGGGCACACAUUCAUUCUCAUAUACUCCAGCCUGAUCUUAGCAGAGGAGGGUUCGUCCGUGGUCGGAUGGGAGGGCAUAAAGGAUCUGAUUAUGCGGGAGGAGCACACGCGGGUCACUCAGAACGAGUCCAGUACCGGUCCGCUUCGAAAUCUCUCGAACAACGACCUGGACUUUUUAAAAAAGGCACACAAAGCGCUCACGCCGUACCUGAGAGGUCUGUUCGUCGUGAUGACCAUCCAGCAGUUACUCUGGGAUGCUAUGUUGAUAACCACGAUGCUCUAUUAUCACAUUAUGAUAGAGAAAUUCCUCGGGGGCAUAGCUGCCGUCCUAACGUGGUACGUCACGUACCAGUGGUGGUUCAAAAUACCCAGCUCGUUACCUGCUCCCGGUGACGGUUUAUUUAAGUACAACGAAGUGAAAAACCAUGACAGUAGUUCGGUAAGAACGAGGCGUAGCACAUUAAACGGUACGAAUAGAUUUAUGGGACUUCCUAUUCGCACGGUUCAGGAGAAUGACACUGAAUCCGAGGUAACCGCUGCGAGAACGUAGAAAGAUCAAUGACUCAUUCUAAAGUUUCAAUUUUAUCGAAUGGGGGUUGAUCAUCAUCGUUCCCAAUAGUUUUUAAAUCAUUUUUUAUAUAUAUAUAUAUAUAUAUACACAUGCAUACGUGUACAUACAUUAAAUAUAAAAACGUCUUAUUCAAAGAAAAAAGUAUGCUUGAAUUUAUUUAAAAUAAUUCUGAAAAUUUAUUUUUUUCUCGUGUAAGUAGCUAUUCAAAAGUUGUAAAAGCUUAAUUCCAACAACAGUUUACCAAAUUCUUCAAAUGUUCAUAAUAAUUUAAUGUGUGUAUACUUAUAAACUGCAUAUUACUGGUGUUGUUUUCUUGUUGAACGGAUGCUUGUCACUUUCAUACUUCGUACAAUAAUAUCAUCUGUCCGCGUAAGUGUCGCAAUGUCCGAUCUAAUUUAAUUCCCAAUUUGUAUAUAAUACUAUGGUUGAACAUGAUACGGCUCUUUUCCUAUCCCUCUAUGGACUGUUAAUAAACUUAUUUUAUACAUA